UGCUGUUAGCGAAGCGGCACAAAACUCCCGCGUCCAUGCACACAGACACACUUCUCAUACUCUCAUCCGCAGCAGCAGCAGGAGCGGCAUUCCCAUUCUAUCCUCUCCUAUCCUUCAAAUUUCCCCUCAGAUACCCUCGUCAUUAAUUUAUCGAAUUUUCAAUAUAUUCCCAAUAAGGAAAAGAAUCUCGUUUAAUCCCGUUUCUAUUCCGAGUGCCCACAUUCCGUAACGUCUCACUCUCUCUCUCUUUCGUUUUAAUCAUUUGGAGACGAGGAAACAAUGGCGGGCGCACCGACGGUACCUGCGGCGUCGCUAUAUGUUGGGGAUUUACAGCAGGACGUGACAGAUGGUAUGUUGUUCGACGCUUUCUCGGAGUUCAAGAGCCUGGCCUCCGUUCGCAUCUGCCGUGACUCAGCCACUGGCCGAUCUCUUUGUUAUGGCUACGUUAACUUUAUUUCGCGUCAAGACGCCAUUCGUGCUAUUGAGGUAAAAAACCAUUCCAAAGUGAAUGGAAAAGUGAUAAGGGUUAUGUGGUCACACCGUGAUUCGGAUGCAAGAAGAAGUGGGAUUGGAAAUGUUUUUGUCAAGAAUUUGAGUGAUUCAAUAGAUAGCAUGAAGCUUCAAGAAAAUUUUCAGAAGUUUGGUAGCAUAUUGUCCUGUAAAGUUGUCACAUCUCAAGAUGGGAAGAGUCAAGGAUAUGGCUUUGUCCAGUUUGAAUCUGAGGACUCUGCAAAUGCUGCCAUUGAAAAGCUCAAUGGCUCCACUCUCGGAGGCAAACAGAUGUAUGUUGGUAAAUUCGUGCGGAAGAGUGACCGAGCUCUUCCCAGCCAUGAAGCUAAGUACACAAAUCUGUACAUGAAGAAUGUGGAUGCAGAUGUCUCUGAAGAAGUUCUUAAGGAGAAGUUCUCUGAAUAUGGAAAAAUUUUAAGCUUAGUCAUCUCAAAAGAUGAGAAUGGGGCAUCAAGAGGCUUUGGAUUUGUCAAUUUUGAGAAUCCAGAUGAUGCCAAAUGUGCAAUGGAAGCUUUGAACGGAUCGCAACUUGGUUCAAAGGUUUUGUACGUUGCACGGGCACAAAAGAAAUCAGAACGUAAGGAAAUGUUACGCCGUCAGUUUGAAGAGAAAAGGAAGGCACAAAUCUUAAAAUACCAGGCUUCUAAUGUAUAUGUUAAGAAUAUUGAUGAUGAUAUCACUGAUGAAGACCUGAGGAAACAUUUUAGCCAGUGUGGUACAAUUACCUCAGCUAAGGUUAUGCGAAAUGAUAAAGGAUUGAGCAAGGGCUUUGGAUUUGUUUGCUUCUCCACACCUGAUGAGGCAAAUAAAGCUGUAAACAGUUUCCAUGGAUUUAUUUUGCAUCGGAAGCCAUUGUUUGUGGCAAUUGCUCAGCGGAAAGAGGAGAGAGAAGCACAGUUAAAGCUACAGUAUGCACAACCUAUGGCUGGUUUCGCAGGACAAUCAGCUGUUAUUCCUGGUGGAUAUUCUCCUCUUUAUUACCCCCUACCUGGUGUUGUUCCUCAAAUUCCUGCAGGACCUGCUCUAAUGUAUCAGCCUCUGGGUAUCAGGCCUGGAUGGAGGGACAAUGGCUUUGCCAAUCGUUAUAAGCCUGCUGUUCAACCAUCUGCAGUUCCCUCAAUUCCUAAUAGCCCAACACCUCACAGACAGACCAGAGGAAGGAUGAGUGGCAAUGUCCCACAAGGUGGUGGUCCACCAUAUGCAUUGCAUCUGCAACAACCAAUUCAUUCCAUGGCAUCAUCAAAAGAUAUGAGCACUCAGCAGAAAGGGUCUCCUUCAGUUCAGCCCUUGCUGGUUGCUGCUGGACCAGGCAUUGAGGGGUCGAACAUGUUGAGUAGCUUACUUGCUGCAGCUUCUCCAGAGCAGCAGAAGCAGAUGCUUGGGGAGCGUAUUUAUCCCCUUGUUUCUCAGCAUAAGCCUGAUCUUGCUGCAAAGAUAACUGGAAUGCUUUUAGAGAUGGACAACUCGGAACUACUACUUUUAUUAGAUUCACCGGAGUCACUAGCAGCCAAGGUGGAAGAGGCUGUUCAGGUGCUCAAACUCUCCAAGGCCAAAUUAUCAAACCAAGACUCACUUUAUACGAAUUACCUUUCGACUGGAGUUGCAGUAAACUGAAGAAAGCAUUGAAUGUACUUUUCAUUUGAAGAUGAAAGCCAUAUGCUUCAGCUGGAGCUCUGCCAGACCGAUAUUUUUAUAGUCAUCUCUAGGGUAAUAUGUGAAGUCUCCAUUAAGUAAAUUUUUUGUUUUUCCAAUCUGGCUACAGAUGGAUGAAAUGCCUCUUGAUCUUGGCAUGAGAUUUCAGUUUGGUAUGUAGUGACUAGGUCUGCUAUUUAGCAUGACAAUUUGCAUCCGGUAAAGACUUGAAACCCAUAAUAUCUUUUCUUUA